ACCUCUAUAGAAAAAAUACUACUACAGCGACAAAAACGAGUUUUCGUACUGGAAUAGUAGACACUUCCACCUAUCUAACACUGCAUUCGUUUCCCCCCCCUUCCCUCUAGGACGACUUCUGCGCGCGCAGUCUCGUUAUUUAAUAGCCAGAUCUCGUAUUUGUCGUUUUAGAAAGCAAAAUAACUGAUGGUGAUGGAGACGAGCCUUAAGGUCGUCUCAGCCAUGAUUGAGAAACAGAAACAGUAUUAGAGAGUAGCAGAGAAUCAACGUAAAACCGCGCUUUUCGACGGCUUCCAUGGCGGCUGUGUAACCUGAUAUCAUGAUGACUUGUGCAACCAAAAAUUACAAUUUGUGAUGAACAAACGUUCUAAUCACUAGACGGAUUCGCAUUCAACGCAAUAUCAGAUCGAGAUUCAGUGAGAAUUAUCAUAGCAGAUGCGAUCGUCGAGUGAUAUCUCGGCGGAUAGAUAACGUAUGUCCAUAUUUAUACCUAUUUCGGCAUAUUAAUGAAAGUGGGACAUCGUAGUUCCUACGGGCAGUAUCUCUUGCGGUGCAUUGUUGUCAAUAUCCAGAUUGGUUGAAGCAACAAAAUAAAUCCCAGUCUCUUGUGAAUUUCACACUAUUCGGAGGUCAGCUAAUAUAUAAUGUUACGUUGUCGACAAGAUAUUCGUUGAAGUAACGGUAUAUUUGCGUGCCAGCUGAAUGAUUCAUCUUCCAAACUUAACCUAAAUUUCGUUUGAACAACAAUGGAUAGCUCGGACGAGGAAUUGUUUGAGGUAAUGCCAAGCACUAGCACUUCGUUAAUGAAUAUUGCAAGCGAUGCAACAAGUUCCAAGAUUAAAAUCAGAAACUUAUCAGUAUGUCUUACACGUAUAGAGGUAAGUCCUCCGAUAAAUGAACCAACAAUUAACCGACCUAAGCUUAAGAAAAAUCGUCAACGGUGGAGACACGGAACAUUAUAUAGAAAGAAGAAACAACUUAAAACUAAAAAAUCUCAGAAAUCUUCAAGUCAUGAAGCAUCCAAAGAGAUUGAAUCAACAGUUGAGUCUGUGCCAUCACAAAAUAAUAUAGACAGUCACAUAUUUAUGAAUAAACAAGAUGAAGAAAGCAAGAGGAAAUUGAGUAGUGAUCUUCAGCAGAACAACCAUGAUGAUGAACAGACAUGUAAUAUGUCUUCGGCGUCGGCAAGUGAGGCACUGGAUAUUCAGGAUUCAUCCUUUAAUGAUUUAUAUGCAUCAGCGCGUACUUUGCCAUACGAUUGGACCAGAAAGAAGAUUUCGGAUAAGAAUGAACAGGAUGUAAUAACAAAUGUUAAUUUUCUGCCAUCAUCUAAUAUAGGGCAGAAUAAUAUAAAGCAAGUUUCGUGCAGUUAUGAAACCAAUGAUCCGUCUGAAUGCACUUCGGGUCAGGAUGAAGCAAAGUCUAAGAAGAAAUCUAUCUUGUCUAGAAGAAUUUCUACCGGUUAUGAUAAAACAUUGGAUGACCUUCUCUUCAGGAUAGACUCUUUCCGAGAAAAAUUGGCCAUGUGUAAGCCGAUGAGGAAAAGGGGCCUAUCUAGCGACAAAUCUUCUGACGAUAUGCCUAUUCAACCGAAGAAAAGGAAGAGAUAUAUGAUUUUGUCGGAUGAUGACGAAGACACACCUGCAAAUGAGGAUACGCAAUUGAUUAAUCAUGAUGGUCCAAGUUGUUCUCGCUCGUCUCAUGAAACGGCGGGUCAAGAAAAUGCGAGUCAAGAAAAAUUGAUAAACAUAUGUCGCAAAAUGCAAGUCUCUCUAACGAAACUGGAAGAUUCGAACGAUGCGGACGUCUCCAGAUGGUUCCAAAGCAAAAGUCAUUACUUGCUGUCGCGAAGCAGUUCGCCGAUAAACGAAAUGGAAGAAUUGUGGUCGAACGUAGUAGCCCUCGACAAUGAGGAAGCAUCGACAAACGCGAAUUCAUCGGAUAUUGAUUGUCCCGUAACAUCACAACAUCAUGCGGCCGGCAAUGUAUACGGAGAACGUCGGGAGAGCCGGUUGCUUCUGAUGGAUGACAGUGACUCCUCGACAGCGGAAAACACUCGCGAAGCUUUACCGGUCCUUUUGCCGAGAUCGUCUAACGCCCGUGCCAAGAAAUACGAUCCGGAUAAACUGGACAUUGCGUUGAAAUCCUGCUUGAAUUUAUGGAAGAACAGACUGUUCAGGAAGCCUAGGGUUCUGUUGCUAAGAUUGGAGAUACUAUGCAGUCCACCCGAAGAUGGUGUAUAUUCAGCGAACGAGAUCGAACGUUUAACACGCAAUUACAUACAAUUCGUGACUAGCACCGGCUCCGUGUCUCGCAGAUCGUCGUUGUACAAAUUAACGAGCUCAAGAAGACAAGAGAAUUUGGACAAAGGAAGAAGUAUCGCUGACAGCGAAGUGAACAAUGUAAACGCUACCGCAUCCUCAUCUACGAUAUGGUGUGUUCAGGACACGUCCCUUGAUGAUAGUCAUCAAAUGUCAGAGAAAUGUCCAUCGAAAGGUAAUCAAACAUCGGCAGAUGAGAGCCAUGCCGUUAGUGGAAACAUACCGUUUGUGAAUCCCUUGAAGCUUACCCUGAAGAAAAAAUUCAGUUCGACUAACGAGGAUAUUUCCUCAUCGAGUAGGCUAAAAAUUUGGCAGAAAUCAUUCUGUUCGCAGAAAAGGCCGGAGAAAGCAGAUGCCGGUAGCCAAACCACUUCGGCGCAAUCGAAACCACCAUCCGCUACGUCGAACUCUGCGACGAGCUCGACAGAUAUAGAACGUGAGGGAGCAACUGUUUCCAAUAUAUUGGAUCCCACAUUUGAGUCUUCCAACAAUGAUAACUCAUCGGUCGCAAUCUCCAUAGAGUCCGUCCUACCGAAGAAUCCAUCACCCAUCGCGAAUUCUUGUCGCAGCAUUGAGGAAACCGUACGUAAGAAUCUAUUUAUUCAAUCCAAAGAUAGCAUUGCCACCAAAAGCUCCAGCGACAAGGACAUUACACCGGAGAACAUGUUGAAUUCCUCACCCAUAUCUCGUAAGGAAAUAUCAGAAACGGAUUCAGAACUCCCGAUGUCGUCUGAGAAGACAAGGAUCGAUAAAAUGAGAUCACCAACGAAGUCACCAACAAAGUCACCAACAAAGUCACCAACGAAGUCACCAACAAAGUCACCAACGAAGUCACCAACAAAGCCACCAACAAAGUCACUGAUGAAGUCAUCGACGAAGUCAUCGACAAAGUCAUCAGCAAAGUUACUAACGAAGUCGCUGAUGGAUUUAUCGACGGAAUUACUGAAAUUGCCGACGACGUCGUCCAACCGCUCCUCGUCUCGUACAGUCUCGUCGAGCGAGAGGAAAUAUUAUAAAAAGUACGUCUGCGUCGUAUGCAAGUCAUCUUACAGUGAUUAUCGUAUGAUGCGACAGCACAUACAGAUCGGUAACUGUACGAAGAAUCUGUUUACAACCUUGAGCCAACACUAUGUGAAGAAAUACGCUAAAUCCAAUCCCCAAGGAUCUGAGCGGUCCUCUUCCGACAACGACUCGCUCUUGUCGACGACGAACCGAAGGAUCGUCAGCAAGCAGCUGUUGACGCCGCAGCCGAAAUCCAAUAGCGAUAGAAACAAGCUGUACACCAAAUCGAAGUCCAUAGAUCUGGGCAAGUACGGCGGAAACCACAUCAACAUACGCACCUUGCAGAAGAAGAUAGAGGCGACGCGCUGCCCGUCGAACAAGGAUCAGCAGUCCAUGCGCGCGGAUCCGCCGAGGAAGAACGACGCGGCGUCUCCUUCGCGUCUCGAGGAGUUGGCACCCUCGCAACUCGAAUCGACGCAGCCGGCCGUUGUCUGCGAGUGUCACCGGGACGAGACGGUCUACGGUGACUGCGUUCAGAUCGAGGUGGUGUUGCUGUGCACCGUUUGCCAGACGUUGUUCCGGCGCAACGAUUGCUUCGAGGCGCACCUCAAGCGCCCGGAGAACGCGGCCUGCGCUAAGAAUAAUCGCAGGCGUGACGCGCCCGCACGGGCGUCCAGGUUGUUCUGCGGCUACUGCCGGAUAAUGUUCACCUCCCUGCAAAAGACGAUGCGCCACUUGACGACCCACGCGCGGCUGGAUCGCGACGGCAGGGUGAACUUCCGCUGCAACAUCUGCAGGGUGAUCUUCUACGGAUUCGGGAUACUGUUCAUGUCGCACGUGCGCAUCCACGCCAGCAAGCCGUGCUACUUCGCCAGCCGGCUGUCGUUCCCGCUACCUUCCAACGUCGGCCCACGGCUCGUCGAGCUGUCCAGCAAAGAGAUCUACCUGUUGGUGGCGGACCAGGUGUGUCGGAAGUGCAAGACUCCCUUCACCACGGAGCUGGCCUUGAAGUCGCACUCAGCUAUCUGCCGUGGCGACGCCCUCAGGUCAUCGAAGGAAAAUAAGAGAACGUCCUCCCCCAGAUGCAAGACAAGGACGCCGGUGUUGCUGAUAUGCGGAUUCUGCAACGAGAAGUUCAGCAACGAGGGCCUCUUUAACCUGCACUCGUUGGAGCACCAGCAGAAUCAGGAGUCCCACUACGUCGUCGUGAACGUCACCGCCGGUAGCAAGGCCUAUAUUUGCAAGGUGUGCGCGACAGUGUGCAGGUCGUUGCAGAGGUUCGAGGAUCACUGGUUAGUACACAGGACUCUGCGCGAGGACUACGCGUGCGGCUGCUGCGACGAGCACUUUGACAAUAUCGACCUGUUUCAAGAACACGCCGCCACGCGGCACGCAAGCAACGAUGAGAAUCAGCAGAGGCCGGUCUACUGUAGGAUUAAUUAUCGGGAUGCCCGUGAGGAUCACAACUUCAAGACGAAUCUGCUCGCCGUGAUGGGCAGCGACGAUAUACCUUGCAUGAAAUUGAGCCGCUUCGACAAGAAAGAGUCCGCCGUGUUCACCGUUUCCCGCGACUCGGACGACUCGGCGGAGGGGCGAACCUUGCCGCCGUCGGCAGUCGAGGAAACGGUGCCCUGUGCCGAGACCGCCUCGCAGGAGCAAGUUGUUACCGCGCAAGGGAGCGCCGAGACCGUCGCGGAGGAUCGGCUGAGGAACGACGCCAAGAACGUCGAGAGUGCGAAGGACCUCGUGGAGAUCGACAUGACGCUUAUGAUAGAAGAGUUGUCGGAGAACGAGAACGGUUCGACGUCGCGGGAAGUCGGGAAGGAGAGCGACGGCACGUCGUCCGAUAAAUGUGAGGACGCGCAGAGGAACGUCAUCGUGUACGGCGGGGAACGACAGCUCGGCGAACCAGCAAGGGACGACUCCGCUUCUACGGGGAAUUCCGGCGAUGCGAGCGGGGAUUCUGGAUCCGGCGGUAACCAGCACACUCCUCACGCCAAUUCGUUGUUACGCGCGGUGCGUAAACCCACGAAGGCGGAACCGAGCGAGCAACCCGCCGACGACAAGAACGCCAACGCCGAGAACUCAACGGACGCGACUGGCCGCGUCACAGCUCAGUCCACUUCCACGAAAGUAUUACCUGCGAACGUCAUGACCUCCGUGCCCGCCAAGUUCCUGCGCGUCAAGUCUCUGGUAGAGCUUAACACGCUUUCCAGCAAGAAGUCUCCGAUCGUCUAUAAAUGUGGCUCGUCCGGCUGCGACCAGUCGUUCAAAAGCCCGCAGGAACUGUCGAAACAUACGUUGGCGCAGCACCGCAAUCCCGAGCCGCAGUUACCUGUGCAGCAGCAAGGACAGCCCUCGUCGUCCAACGUGCCGCUUGCGUGGCCGAUAAAGCCGACGUUCAAUCCUUCGAUGUACGUGCCCAUGUUGAACUUGCAACCGGUGACCAAUAAUAAUCGUCCGAAAUUGCCGAAUGUGACCAACGACGUGUCGCUGCCGAUCUGUACGAGCGCUCCACCAUCAAGUUCCACCACGUCCAAGACGUACCAGGUGGUCGGAAUAAAGACACUGCACACGAUCAGAUUCCCGGCAACGACGAACCAGACCAAGACCCAACAGCAGCAGCAGCAGCAACAGCAGCAGCGGCGGAAUCAGCUGCUUCAACAGCUGUGGCAUCAGCAACGGCAGCAGCAUCAGCUGCAGCAGCAACUGCAACAACAGCUGCAACCGCAGCAGCAAGUUCAACCGCAGCAGCAGCAAGUUCAACCGCAGCAGCAGCAACUUCAGCCGCAGCAGCGGCAACUUCAGCCGCAGCAGCGACAACUUCAGCCGCAGCAGCGGCAACUUCAGCCGCAGCAGCAGCAACUUCAGCCGCAGCAGCAGCCGCAGCAACUGCUGCAACCGCAGCAGGUGCUGCAGCAGCGGCAGCUACAGCUGCAACAGCACCAGCUGCAGCAGAAGCAGCAACAAUACGGCAUCGUGUUGUCGCAGAACACCACUGCGACAUCUUCGGCCGCUACUUUCACUCAGCAGACGGCGCAGAAACCGACGGCGUUCCAUCGAAACCUUCCGGCUCGAGUCGCUACGCCGAUACUAACCGGCCGGUUGACUCAGCCUUUACAGCAGAGCGGUAGUACGGUAGCGGUGAUGCCGAUGGUGCAGAACACCUACAUGCAGCAGCAGAAGGUACCGACUUACGUCGUCCUCAAUCAGCAACCGUCGCAGCAAUCGAUUUUCCCGCCCAUUACCACCGCGAGCAUCCAGCAGCAACAACUGUCGCAGCAACAACAACAGCAACAGCAGCAACAAUCGCAGCCGCCGAAUAUCGGCGGUGCGAUAAUGUGCGACACUUUCGUGCCCGUGCAGCAGUCCACCAACGGCGAGAACAACAACGUGCCUUAUCGACUGAUGCAUACCCACACGAUCAUGAACAACCCGACGGGGCACGUGGCGACGACGACAUCCGGGGCUAAUAUCGCGAUGCAGGGCAUGUACAUGAUGCAAGUAGCGAAGAAUCCCGACCGCUACGCCUGCCUCUACUGUGAGGGUUUCGUGUGCAACAGCAAGCAGGAAUUCAUGCUGCACGAGCGCUCGCCGAAGCACGAGGCUCGCAUCAAUUGGACGUAACAUUCGGCCGGCGUCACGAAGAAGACCAGGACGGUGACUGUCGUCAAAUUUGCGAUUCAGGAGAGAAAGUGAUGGAUAAGAUCAAUCGACGACCGACGGGAAUAGACAAUAUCGAUGUUCAACGCUGUAGACACCGCGUGUGUCCAUCGUGUGUGCUUUGAGGUAAAGUCAGACUGGUCGAACGAGUCUCUCAGCAUGCCGUCUUGCAAGCCGUGUAAAAAAUCUUGAUUGAAUUGGCAAAUGGUUGCGUGCGAUAUUGGUGGACGAGCUCUGUAAAAGCGGCCUUCGAUUCGCCAUUCGACAGCCAAUGACGUCGAGUGUCCUGGCACCGUCACCACAGAACCCGUCCGCUGUAUCAUAUAUUGGCCCGCAUCGAUCGUGUGCCAGUUUUCUUCAAUUAAUUACUCGAGAUUUUCCCCGUGGUUUGCAAAUUGCUAGAGGACUAUUUCGUUCAGCUUGUCUCUGCUGAUCUACAAGCGCACGACAGAUAUCGCAUCAGACACCCUACAUAAACAAGACUCUCACGGUUGUGCAGAUGAAGCAGAACCGACCGCGAAAUAUUGCCGGUACGAACUUUUAGCUGUAAAACCGGUCGUUUUCAACGAUCGCCAAAAUAUCGCAUAAAUCUCGACCAGUUUCAACAGUAUUUUUCUAUCCGUUCGGUUCUUUUAGUACCACAGAAGUGAUGCUCGUGAGUACUUCCGAUGCUUUUUAAUGAGAUAUUUUCGACUGCGAUCUGUUAGAUUACCCGGAAUUUGGUGAAAGUUAACCUGAGUAUCGAUAACGCGAUCAGUGAAGUCAUUCGACAAGUAUUUUCCAGUCGAAUUAACGAUACGGUGAUGUUCAUUAUAUGCGUAUUCCUACGUCCUUAUUCCGUUAAAAAAGAGAUCCUGAUUUCGAAUGUCGGGAGUGAUCGAGACAAGUUUUCGUGAGCUUCCAGUCCGCAUGUGGCACACGUGCUUGAGUUCACGAUGAUCCUUCGCAUCGACGUUCUCGUUCGAAUUAGGUAUUCCGAAUUAGAAAUUGACGAAUUAAGAAUUACUGCGUUCAGCAAAAGUCAACUCUCGACGAUUAUCGUUCCUGAAUCUUACAUUCUUCGCUUCGUUUACUUGUAGGUUUUCGCAACAGUAUAUUUCAAUGCCAAACGAUAAUCGCUGAGCGUUGACUUUUCUGCCAAACGCCAAAAUGAAUAAUUUUCGAUCUUCUGCCGUCAUACUCGUCUCGUUAAGAUAUAGAUGCUGUCCUAUUUUUUAUACGAGUAAUUAUCUGUCUUUUCAAUGAAAUACUCUUACACCCUUACUCCGUUCGUACUCUUGCUUCGUGGAUAUUCUCUGUCGCGGCAUUGAUUUCGUUACAUACGAUAUCAUGAAGCCUGGACAUUUAUCAUUCGGAACCAGCGAACUUCCUUCACGCAGAGAUAUCGUACUAUGUUUGUCUAUCUAAUUCCUCGCACCGAUGAUCCUAAAAAAACCGAAUAAAUGAGGUCGUGAGACCAAAUAUAAACAUUACAUUGCAAUUUAAUCGGGAUGGUGUGAUGGUCUUUUAUUUUCCUCUAUUUAUUAGAGUUUAGUCAUGCGAUUAAUAUUGUUAUGAUUAUACUGUUACAAUUACAAUUUUACGAGGUCUGUUUAUACCGCUAAUAGUAAAAUAAAUAAUAGAAAUUACAUUUAUACAGAGGUAAUUUUAGUCAUUUUAUAAAUUAUAAAAAAAAAGUUACAGUACAGCAACCCGGUAGUGAUCGAAGUGCUAUUCCACAGAUACGAAAGUUAGAUUUUUGCAUUUUUAUGUUUGAGCAUAGUAAACUGCACUUACGAGCGAUAAUUUAUUAACAAUUGUAUUCAAACGGAAGCGUUGAUAAAAUCGACACAGAGAAUAGGAUGUAACGAUCACUAUUAAAGUUCAUAAUAAUAUAAUUUUCAAAGUUAUUUAAGACAGCCUCGUAUUAUUUUAGGAGGUAUAAAAAUAAAACCACACGUUAUCGAUAGUUAUUAUUUGUAUAUAUUAUAAUAUUAUCUCAUUCAAUAAUAUUUAUAGCCUUUUUAAUUACGUAAGUGAUUUUGGAUAAACACUUAAUAAUUUACGGAAAUAUCUUCCAGUUUUAAUUUAUAAGUGAAUUUAGCUUCAGUAACUGUGUGUUGGUUACAAAUUGUUAGAAUAUUUAAUAUGGUUAACUAGAAAGUGAACCGAAUCUUCAUGAUUAUUAAAUGCAUAUUAUUACACUCGGAACGUUUGAAUCGAAAAUCUAGUAACGAUUCCAUAUAUUAUCUCUCUUUUUAACGAUAAGUGGUCGGUAUAAUCUAAUCUUAAGACGAUCUUAAUCCUGAAAGUUUUCAUUUUCUGGUUUUUUAUGAACUAUUCAAUUUAUUACCACAAUAGAAACCCAAGAGCAGCACGAAGUGGUUGGCUAACAAUUGCCCAACGUUUGGCCAAUGUUGGGCAAUGAUUAGCCAGCCAAUACGUGCUGCUCGGGAAAUCGGUUAUCUUAUUGGGUCAGGCUGAAAAUAAUAAUAAUCAUAUGGAUCUUUCUCCUGACGAUAGAAGAAUAGAAAUGUAGUAUAACAUAAAACGUGUAAGUGGAGAUAAAGGAAAGAAAACGUGUGUAAGCCUCGUAAUAAAUUUAAUAUGUUAUUACCAGGAUUAGAUAUAACAUCAGAUUGCGUGCAUACCGCCUUUUAUGAAGUUAUUAUAUGCAGUUAUUAUACGGAACAUAUAUGUAUAUACACAGGGCUUAUAUAUACAUAUAUAUAUAUAUAUAUAUAUAUAUAUUGUAUUGCGUUAUAAACAAUAUAGGUAUGAUGCGAUUUAUAUAGUUUGCAUAUUCUUUUUGUUUUUAAGGACAUUCCUGUAAGUACGUAGAUAAGUCGAUUUUGCGUCGAUGGAUGCAGCACAAUGCAGGUCAAGCACAUGUCUUCUUACAGUCAGAGUUAUUGUAGAAUAAAAGUUAUCGAUCCCGACUACUAUCGUAUUAUUCAACGAUGUUUUCACGAUAUGUAAUUGUUAUACAAACCAGCUGUACUUUUCUCUCCAAGACUGAAACCGUAAUAGUAUAAACGAGUCUCGCGAUUCACAAGUCGAGUUCCGAAACGAGCUCAACUCUCAAGUUUUCGCGUAGAAAAAUCACGCUCUCACGAUGUCCGUUACGAUUAUCGCCCUCGAUAUAUUUUGAUGCCCUCUUUGACAAAGCUUAUCGAAGUCACGUAGCUUUGUAUCUUCUUCUUUGUUGCAACUCGCAUAAACGGAAAUAUCGAAAAUGUGUCGUGUGAACUUUGAUCGGAACUCUCGCGAAGAGGUUUCCGAGAUAUAUACCCUUUGAAUAUCUUGGAGUGAAACCUCAUUGAAAACCAAUGAAAAUUAUCUCGAGGCUUUGAUAAAAAUAUCGUCAUUUGGAAUCGCAAGAACCUCAUUCAAACUUUGAAUGAAUUUUCAUUCCAUGCGAGGAAAUAUUUUAAUCAAGUUAAUGUUUGUUCCAAUGAUAGUGUGAUACAUCACCGAUCGAUUCGCCAAUUUCGAGUGAAAAUAUUCAUUCAAAUCGACUUAAAGAGGAUGAUGUGUAUGAAUGAAAAGUCACUCGCGAUUGGACAGACUUCCCUUACAAAAACAGCAUUAUUAGCUGUGAUAAAUUCCUGUUACUCAGUAAUUUUAUUACUCGUGCGAGUAAUAAAACUAUCGAGCAACAGUGAUUUGUUACAGCCAGUGAUACUUUUUUUUUGUAAGGAUUAGCUCUGAUCAAUUCAUUUUCCGAGUGAAGUCACACUUCAAGAAAUUUAAAAAGCCAAGCUAUUAAGGAGUUAUGAAGGAUGUCUGUGGAUAUAGUGUAAAAUAAACUUACGUCUUCGAAAUAAAUAAUUAUUCUUUCGAA